AAAUGAAACAAAUAUUUAUGAAAGACUCAUUUAAAGAUCAGAACUCAGAAUUUUCGCUCGGUUUAUGUCGUGCAUUUUUAGAUUCUGAUAUCCCUUUAUGGAAAUUGCAUAAUACAACUUUUAAUACAUUUUUGAAAAAGUAUACUGGUAAACAUAUUCCGGAUCAAUCAAUGUGUAUCGCAAACAAUGUGUAUCAGUUAUUUACAAUGAAGUAAUUAACCGUUUUCGUAAAGAAAUUUGUGAGGGCCCCAUUUAUGUUUCAAUUGAUGAGACUACGGACGUUGACGGAAGGUACGUAGCUAAUGUUAUAAUUGGUCUUAUGCAUGAAGAGAAAUGUCCUAAAUCGUAUUUAUUGAUUUGCGAGGAACUAUCAAAGUGCAAUUAUCAAACAGUAGGGAAAUUAUUUCACGAUGCUUUAAAUAUACUUUGGCCCAAUGACAUUAAAUAUAAUAAAGUUUUUUUUAUUUUUAACUGACGCUGCACCAUACAUGGUGAAAACGGCUAAUACACUAACUGUGUUAUUCCAAAUAUGAUACAUGUGACAUGUGUAGCCCAUGGUUUGCACAGAGUGUGUGAAACAAUAACACUUGAGUAUCCGUAUAUCGAUAAUAUGAUAAAUUGUGUGAAAAAAGUAUUUUUAAAAGCUCCGAGUCGUGUGUUGAAAUUUCGAGAAUUAUUUCCAAAAUAACCUUUGCCUCCACAGCCAAUACAUACCCGAUGGGGUACUUGGNACUGCGAAAUCGAUAAAGAAUACUACAGCUUUAUUUGAAAAUAGAAAUAUACAAAAUGAUUUAGCUUAUAUAAAAAGUAACCUUGGCUUUAUCACUCAAUCUAUUUUGAAAUUAGAAAAUGCAUCAUUUUUACUCGAUGAGAAUUCGGAAAUCGUUGAAAACACCAAAUCUAAACUUGGCCAAAACAAAGGUCCGAUCGCUGAAAAAAUCGACAAAAAAUUAAAAAAUGCGUAAGAAAAAAAUACCGGGCUAAAAGCUAUGUUUACGAUACGUAAUAUUUUAAAUGAAAACAAUCUAGAUGAAGAUUUUCUAAAUCUAACUCCAGGGAAGUAACGAAAUUUAGAAUUUACGUCGUGUGAUGUCGAACGGAGUUUUAGCAUAUAUAAAAACAUACUAAGGUCAAACAGAGGAUCGUUCAUUUUUGAAAACUUAAAACAUCAUUUAUCAUGUAACUCAUUUGAGUAGCUUUAUCAAUUUUAUAUCAAUUAUUAUUUUAUAAAUAUUUUUAAAAGGUUUUUAUAUUUUAAGUGUUUAUUUCAUCAUAUAUUUUUGUGUUUGACAUAUUUAAUUUUAUUUAUUGGUAUUUAAAAAAAAAUGUAUGUGUUUUUUUAAAUAAUAUUUAUUUGAUUUAUUUAAACAUAUUUUUAUUGCAUAUUUUUGCAUAUUUUUAAUAAACCAAAUGCAUUUUUUAUUGUAUAUAAAUUCUAGCCCUUCUUAUCAUUAAUGCAGAGUAAACAUAUAAGAUAUAUAAGACAUAUAAGAAACCCGGUACAUUACACAAUAUUUUUUAUAUUUUAGUGAUUCAGGAUUAGAUCGGUUGAAUAACACAAAUAUAACUGAUGAGAAAUUAAUUAGUUGUUCAGAUAGAUGGGCCAAUCUACAACAUGCCAUUAAAACAGUUGAAGAAUCGCUCCAGAUAUCUUCUAACAAGUACAUCUAUACAAUAAUUAUAUUUAACAAUUUAUAAUAUAUUUUGUAUCAUAUAAACAUAAUUUUUUAUUAAUCCGUAUACCUGGGAAAUCCAUCAUUAUAAUUAUGAUAAAAUAAAUUAUCCGCUGUUCGAUAGCGUAUCCGCGUAUCUAAAUACCUCCUUAUAACGGAUUCCCUUUAAUGCGAACAUCUUCUUAAACCGGUGGAAACAACAGUUCUGCAUAGCCUAUGGUUGAUUUCUGUUUAUUUUAGUUAUUAUAAUCACACUUAGGUACAGCGGCCGGAGCAUAGACAAUGUAAAAGACAAGAAAGGGACAGGGAGAUACAGCAGAUAACGUCUGAUAAUACAAAGAGAUCUCCAUAAGUGGUAUUUUUAUUAACACUUUGAGUUGGGUGAUCAUCUAAACUUGGCGUGUUAUUUCAUAAAUUAGUAGACAUAUCUGGUUUCAUUCUCUCAUCAAUUUCCAAAUAAGUUAUUUUUAAAAAGGAAUUAAGGAUUUAAGGAAUUUGUGCUUUUGAUUCUCUAUUUUAUUCUGUUAUUGUUUUUUUACUGCUAUGCUAGUAUUGCUUAACUUUUUGAUUUGUUCUAUUGUGAUAACCAAUUAUCUUAAUAAUAAUAUUUCAAAUGUGUUGAAUUAAUAAUAUUUUAGUAUUAUUAUCAUUACUAUUAUCAAUACUAUAUCAUUAUCAUUAUUAUCCAAUUUGGGAUCACAAAGAGGAUUACCAUAUGUCCACUGUGGAACUCAUUUUUUAUGAUGAGCUUUAUAUUCUGCUCAAAAUAAAUAUGCUUCAAUUGCACAAACACUCCAAGUAGUUAAGGUGAUACAUGGUAUAUACAAAUCAGCAAAACGUGUACAAAUUUAAAAAAAUAAAUUAUAAUAAUAUUGUCAGUAUAAAAUCAUUAAUUAUUACUUUUCAAAUAAUAUUUUUUAAAAAAAAUGUUCCUAAUUGUUCUAUAUUAUGUUUUAAUUAUGAUUGUGUUCUUUUCAAAUAUGAAUUUGCUUAGACCAAAAUCAACGGGAACACUACUUCUAGAGUUUCAGGAACAAUUAAAUAUGAUGACUAAGAAAACAUCAAAUGAAACGUAAGCGUUUAACUAUUUAUAUAUUUGAUUAAAUUUAUUAACUAAAAAUUAUGAAAAAUUUAGAGAGAUUCCGGUUUUGUCAAAACCCAAUUAUAAAUGGAUACAAAAUGCAUUUGGUAUUGCAAACGCAUUUAUAAUGGACAAAAAUAUUAAAAAGAGUUCUGAUAGCUGGUUAAACAUAGAACCUCGGUAG